AUGUACCUCCCUCUGCCCUCGAUCCCACCCACCUCGAGCCUACUCACCAGCCUCCUCACGGUCCUACACCUCCCCUUCCUCUUCCCGACCACCGACGAUCCACGCACCGUCGCCUCGACGGCGUGCACUUUUUCCGUCGGCCCACCCGGUCCCAGCACGGGUCUCUGCCCGGCCUUCCACCACUACUGCGCCCAGACGGCAGCACGGCUCCUCGAGUCGCCCGACAGGAGGAGGGGCGACGAGGGCGGCAGGGAAGAGGAUAGGGGCAAGUGGAGCAGCGGGUGCGUAGGCGGCAGCGGGGCCACCAGCGUUGGCGGCUUCAUCUCGGGUUAUACCGUCAGUUGCGCCGUCGAAGGCCUGGAAAUGGUUCCCACCGUCUUUCCCGACUUCCUUCAGGACCAACUCACCUUUGAAGGCGAGGAGGGACCGGAAAUCAUUCCCUUUUCCUUUGUCGGGUGUCAGGUCUCGCCACGGCACGCAUAG